UCGCAUGCUCUCACUGCCUCGGAAACUUCGGGCUCUGUGCAGCCGGAUCCCCGACAUGGAGCUCACCUUCACCGCUCAGCCCAAACUCCUGCUACUUUAGUGGAAACUUUCUUUCAUGGAUGUGUUACUGUUGGUCCCGUGUGUGUAAAGUGGACAACUGCGUGCUGGAGUGUGUGCUGUUCACUGUAGUUCACGCGCCUGAACUCCAUCUGUGUGUGUGUGUGUGUGUGUGUGUCCAGCAGGAGAGAGAAAGACGGGCUUUAUUGGAAAUUCUCUCUCAAACCCCCGGUGGGAAGCUCAGCUCUCCGCUUCAGCCCUGCGCAGUCCUCCUGCUUCUUUUAUUUUAUUUUGUUUUAUUUAGGGAAAGCUGAGUGUGUUUUUUUUUGUUUGUUUGUUUGUUUGCUUGUUUAUUUUCGUGGACAGGGAGAGUUUAAGGCCAGACAGACUGAUGCGGACUGCUGGAGAAUCUGAAAGGAUGUAUUUAUUUUCCAUCAAUCGAUUGGGCAGCGAUGGCUUUAGGAUGUAACAAGGGUCCUACAGGACUAGCAGGAGUGCUGGCCCCAAUGCCAGUGGUCAUGCAGCCUCACCACAGGCUGUAUCACUACAACACCAGUCUACCAAGCAAAGGUCUGGCGCCAUCAAUAAAAUCACCUUACAGUGAGGCGUCUCCAGUGUGUGGGGCUCCCUCUUGUGGUCAACCUCCACAAAGCAGAGCAAUGUACAACCCAUCAUUCAACCCUGGAACCUGCAUGGAUCCUUACAUGCGGCCUCCACAAGGACCCCCACCCCAUGGCAUGAUGGGACACCGUGGCAUGCCACCGCCUGAGGGUGGCAAUGGUGCUCCUUACUGUAAUCAGAGCAACAUGUCAGCUCAUCAUGGCUUUCCUCACAACCAGUCAGGCUCGGAACACAUGGUUUCAGGAGAUGGUUCCCGUUUUUCUACCCCUCGUUCCAUGCUGAAGUUGAGCAAGAAGCGAGCACUGUCCAUCUCUCCACUGUCUGAUACAAGUGUGGACCUGCAGACAGUCAUUCGCACAUCUCCCAACUCUUUGGUGGCAUUUGUUAACUCUCGGUGUGGGCAAAAUGCUGCUAGCUCGUAUGGACAUCUAUCUGUGGGAGCUUUGAGUCCAUCAAUGGGUUACUCAAACUCAACAAACUACCAGUCCAGGCCUCAGGGGAACAUGUACGGAACUCCACUUGGCCACACCCCUGCUCCCUGCCAUGGACCCCCAACUCGCUUACCUCCUCAUAACCCUCGUCUGCACGCACCUUCAAAACAUGGACAUCUAAAGACAGAACCCAUCAUAGGUAGUGUGAUGGACGGCAUUAAUGUAAAGAGUUUAGAAGAGCAUUCAGAAGGAGAUGUGGCCAGUCCAUCGUCUACUGGAACUCAGGAUCCUCUUCUUGGGCUUCUGGAGAGCAGAGAUGAUUUAGACAAAGAGGAGAAACCAGAGCCUGAGACUAUCUAUGAGACAAACUGCCACUGGGAGAGUUGCAGCAAGGAGUUUGACACCCAGGAACAACUUGUCCAUCACAUCAAUAAUGAGCAUAUCCAUGGGGAGAAGAAAGAAUUUGUUUGCCACUGGAAGGACUGCUCUCGUGAGCAGAGACCAUUUAAGGCUCAGUACAUGCUGGUGGUGCAUAUGCGAAGACACACUGGCGAGAAACCUCACAAGUGCACUUUUGAGGGUUGCAACAAAGCAUACUCUCGUCUGGAGAACCUGAAAACGCACCUGCGCUCACACACUGGUGAGAAGCCAUAUGUGUGUGAGCAUGAGGGAUGUAACAAGGCUUUCUCUAACGCAUCAGAUCGUGCAAAGCACCAGAACAGAACACACUCCAAUGAGAAACCUUAUGUGUGCAAGAUCCCAGGGUGUACAAAACGCUACACAGACCCAAGCUCCCUGCGCAAGCAUGUAAAGACAGUUCAUGGACCUGAGGCUCACAUUACUAAGAAACACCGUGGUGACACUGGGCCUCGACCACCAGGUUCUGCUCUGACCUCUGCAGGUCAAAGUUCAGAGUUGAUGGUAGAGAAAGAGGAAAGGCCCAGAGAAGACUGCAAACUUCAUGCUCCUGAAAAUACACUAAAAUCUCAACCAAGUCCUGGAGGCCAGUCAUCCUGCAGUAGUGAGCGCUCUCCAUUAGGCAGUGCAAACAACAAUGACAGUGGUGUGGAAAUGAACCUAAAUGCAGCAGGUAGCCUGGAAGACCUGACAGCAGUGGAAGAUGGAGGGGGCACCAGUGUGGCUGAGUCUAAUGGGGGAGUCAGUUCCGGGGGUAUGGGCAUGUCUGCACAGGCGCUGAAGAGACUGGAGAACUUGAAGAUUGAUAAACUAAAGCAGAUCCGCAGGCAGACUCCACCAGGCCGGGGUACAGUAAAUAAAUUACCAGCAAUUUCAGCAUCAGGAGAGAUCAGCAUUUGUGGCCCCUCCCCUUUGCUUUCUAAUCGUCGUGUGAUGGAGCUUUCUACCCCAGACCUGAGUGGAGGUGGUAUGGGUGGAAUUGGCAGAAUGGUUAUGCCUUGCCCACCCAGUGACCGCCGUGGAAGUGGUACCAGUAGUUUAAGCUCUGCUUACACUGUGAGUCGCCGUUCUUCUGUGGUUUCCCCCUACUUAUCAAGUCGGCGCUCAAGUGAAGUAUCUCAGGUGGGCACAGGUGGGCAUUGCCAGUCUGUUAUUGGAAAUGAUGUGGGUGGGGACCCAUUAUCACCUGAAAGUAGCCACAGAACAGGUUUGUGCCAGAGCAACAGUGGAUUGCCAGGUCUACCGAAUCUGACUCCUGCAGAACAAUAUAGUUUGAAAGCUAAAUAUGCGGCAGCAACUGGUGGACCACCACCAACACCUCUACCCAAUAUGGAGCAGCCUGGUACCCCCAGUAGACGUUCUGCUUUCUUGAGUGAGUAUGACGGACAGCCACUCCCACCAUUUCUUCAUCAAGUGGGAACCAGGAGACACAGUGCCAACACUGAGUAUGGAACAGGGGUUAUUUACCCACAUCAGGCUCCUGGCAACAACAUGCGACGUGCCAGUGAUCCUGUGCGCUCUGGAGCUGACUCCCAAGGCCUACCCAAAGUGCAGCGCUUUAACAGCCUAAGUAACAUGACAUUAAUGACCCGUCGUAAUGCCUUGCAGCACUGUGGGUCUGAUGCCAACAUCACCAGACACAUGUAUUCACCACGACCACCAAGUAUUACUGAGAAUGUGAUGAUGGAAGCCAUGGCAAUGCAGUCUCAUAGGAAUAACACAGAAAGCUGGGAUCACGGAAGUAUGAUACAAAGUUCAGACAGGGCCUACAUAGGCUACCAGCAGUCACAGUCCCAUCCUCAUACUGGUGACCAGCUUUCUCCAGAAAAUAAAAGCAUGGGAUGCUUGGAUCCAUCCUACCAGUCACAGAUGCAGGGGCAGUUCCAUAGUCAACGUGGGAAUAUAGGUGUUGGAGAACCUAUAGGUCAGAAUGAAAUUUCAAACACUCUUCUCCAACAAGCUGAAUACAGUAUGAGCGCCUGUCAGCUAAGCCCCUCUGGACCACACUACCCUGGGCUAGGGCAGCCUAAUGAGGGGCCAGGGCCUUGGGGACAAAAUGGACAGCACCAUAAUGCUCCUUUGGGUAUGCAAGCAGCUAUGCCGUUCCAACACACAGGAAUGCAGGGACAACAAUACUCUCAAGGUUUGUAUGAUCCCAACACUGAUCCUAACCACCAGAGGGUCACUAUAAAACCAGAACAGUUCAAUCCACCCAUGGGAGGCUCCAGUGCCUGCCAAAAUGCCAAGACUUUUCAACAGCGUCAUCCACCUAGCACAAUGGAGGUAUGCCAACAAGGGUAUGCACAACAAACAAAAGAGCAUGGUUUGCUUAACAAGUCUUCCAACCCUAGCUGUGACUUUGUCCAUGGUCAGAUCAAGAACCAGACUGAUCUUUGUCAACAGCAAACACAGGCUGGAUCAUUCCUCCAUGGGGGAAGCGUAAGUCUUGGCUGCGCAGGCUCUGUGUUGGCUGAGGACCGGAGGUCACAGACUCCAAUGCUGCAGGUGAAAGAAAUGAUGGUACGAAACUAUGUACAAUCACAACAGGCACUCCUUUGGGAACAGCAGCAAGAGCAACAAACAGCAAAUAGUAGUCUCCCACAGAAACCUGAAAGCAUGGAAAUGGGAGCACAGCCAGCAAUGAUGCAGCAUAGCCCUCAAGAUCAGCAACUUAAUCAAAACAUUUAUCAUAACAGUUACCAGGGCUACUCAAAUCACAAUGUCAUGAGUCCCUCAGGACAAAGUCAAGCAUCCAACUCUGUGCCAGUCAAGGAACAAAUGGCUGGCUUACAAGAUUCCUCAUAUAGCCAUGAUAUGCUGCCACAUCCACCUCAGGUUCGAAAGCCUCUGAGUCGCCAAAACAGUCUUUCCCAGCAGGCAAAUGGAGCAUACCUAAGCAGCCCACCUAACUUAAGUCCUGGUCAUUCUAGUGCCAGUCCCAGGAGAAGUGUCAGGUUACCACCUGUUCAUCAACAGCAGCAACCCACUGAUAAUUUCUAUUACUCAGGCCAGAUUCACAUGCACCACAACAUAGAUAAGUCUCUGGAAGCCCAUGAUGGAGCCUGCCAGCCCCAACAGCACCUUGCUGGAAUAGAGCCUUCAUCAAAAGCUGCUUCGGUAGCAUAUCCUCAGUCUGCAACCAUGGCAAAUACGCUUGAGAACCUGGACUUGGAGAAUGCUCAGAUUGACUUUGCUUCCAUCAUUGAGGAUCCAGAUCCUUCAUCCUAUAGCCCAGUAAAUCCAGUCCUAGGCCACCAGUCAUCCUCCCAGGCCUCCUCUCGUCUAACCACUCCACGAAACUCCAUAACCCUUCCUUCCAACCUAUCUAACAUGGCCAUUGGGGAUAUGACCUCAAUGCUAAAAUCCCUUGCUGGGGAGAACAAGUAUUUGAACUCACCAACAUAAAAAAGCUUUACAUGGUUCAGAAGGUUAUGAGAAAUUGACUAUUGUUCUGACUAUAUCAACAUUCAGUGGACUUAUUAGACUCUUGAUGAUUACCUGAUGGGCCAGAUUUCAAUAGAGGGGCAAUUCUGCUUCUCUGUUUCCGUUUGUUUUGGUUUUAUUGCUUAAUAAACAUUGCCUUGGGUUUCAUUAUCAAGACUAAAAUGGUAUUUUAGGUGCCAUGCUGGGAGGGUUUGUAAUAAAACACUUUGUUUAAAUGUAAAUACCUUUUACUUUUUAUAUUAGCAAUAAAAUUUAACCUGAGACAAUGAUAGAAGAAAAAACAAUUCUUCUGCAUUAUAAAAUUUAUGGGGACUAAGAAGAGUUAGAGAGAGCACAUUUCUUUUCUAAGGUACUAGAAAAGCUCAGCUAUAAUAACUGGUAGAACAUGUCUGAAGUGCCUUUGCCUAUUGUGGCUAAUGACUUGUGUGUAGUGUUAUCUUUUUAGAGUGACAGUCAGACAGGUCAGAGUACCAAACCCAUAAUGACCAGUCAUAGUGUCUAUGUGCAGUGCAGUAUUCAAAGCCUUAUCAGUAGUUAAUAGUAAUUAUUAUUAUUCAAGUGAAUGAGGCAAAACAGAAGACCUGCGGUUAAAUCCAGUGGAAACUAUUUGAUUUAAAUGAACUUUUCUGUUUGUCUGUUUUUUGCUCAUUUAUGUUCAAACAGGUAUUACUACUCAAGUUGCAGUGAUUAUCAUUUUUAAAAGGUACUGUUCCCUCAAGGUCUGGAUAUAGUAGAACAUAGUAGGUCUAUUUCUAUCUGACUCCAGGAUUGUUAUGAUUUGAAACUCCUAUUUCUAAACGUGAACACAGACCAGUCACCUAAUAGACAUUUGAAUUUUUGUAGCAUUUCCAGGCCUUAAAUUGCACCACAUCAUGUAAACUUAAUAUUGCACUGACAACAGCACUGAGCUGACUUUUUUCUAUUUUGGGUCUUAUAGUACAGUAUAUGUAUGAUGUUGCGUUCAGGCAGUAUCCAGGUGACACACUAAAGGACAUAAUAUCCUUUGUUUUAGCAUGGUCAUGCAAUGCCUCACAAUAGUGUGAAGGACUCAUUUAAGUGUUUAAAACAAGCAUAUCCCUGUGCUUUACUACAGCUGUUCAUGGCAUACCAAAGAUGAUUAGCACUGGGAAGAGUGCAUGUGCACCCUUCAGUAUCAAUCUUAAUACAGUCAUGUCGCCAUGCCCCUAUAGUGCUGCGAUAGAGAAUGUAAUUUUCUAACAUUAAAAAUAAUAGUUUUGUGGAGUUUGCAUUUUUGUGUGUUGUUCUGGCAUCUGUCACACUUUAAUUUGUUUUGUUUUGUUUUUGUUUUUUGCUGGCAAAAGAGAAUUUAAUGUAGCAUUGCAAAUUUGUGAUAUUAGCAGUUAUUACAUCUAUAUACAGAAAAUCAUGUGAUAUAUUUUUUGCAUACCAUUUUCUACAUUUUUAUACAAAGUAAAGGUACUAUAUUCUACCUGUUUAUUAAUAAACAAGGCCUG